CUUUUGCUCUGCCGACCACUCACUGAAUCAUCAUCAUGCAACACCAAUUCGCGGAAAGGAUGUUGUUGUUCUUCUGCAGCAGAUGGUUCAACGGGAUCACGAUGGUUACAGUACCAUUGUACAUACAUACAGUAUGUCUAUUGAUAGAACCGCUUGCUUGCUUGUUGCUGGCUCGUCCUGAGGAAAGACAAGACGGGAGAGGAAUGGUGGAUGUGACUGUGACCAUCUCCAUCUCGGGGCCGUCUGGGAUAGGUCUAGUCAGGAACACCUGGCCGACAGGGAUCACGCAGCCUCAUCAAGCCUCAUCUCGCAUUCGUUAUUCGCUGGCGACACUGACACUGACACUGACACUGACACUUCUGCCGUCGGGCGAGACUGCCUCUUCCUCUCCUCCUCUCCAGGAAGAUUAUUCAUACAGUAGAGUGACCUGCGACGUAGGAUCGGUCACGGGAGAUCAUGAGAUCGCAGCUGCGUUUGGACUCUUCACUUCAGUUCAGCAUUUAUUUAGACUUUUCGGCUUUUCCCCCUCAGACCUCAACUCAGCAGUCAGAAAUCAUCAACCUUAUCAAUAUUUGGCUUUCAUUUUCAGGAGUCUGCAAAUCUCCUUGCUCUGCCCUGCUGGAUAGGGAUAGCGGUUGGUGCAGGGUGAUUGGCGGGGAUCUAGGAGAUUGAGAUUGAGAUUGCCGCUCCCACUUUAUUAUUUCAUCAAGAACGUCAAAUUCAGCCAGGCCGUGCGAUAUUGCUUACGAUUUAUGAACGAGUGAGUGGAAUUGCUUUCAUAAAAUUGAGCGUCUCAAUUUUCAUAAAUCAUGGCAUUUUCCCCUUCGUCAGCCGACGACGACGACGACGACGUGAAGAGUGG